CCAUGUCCUCCAGCAGCCGCAGCCAGCCCGGGGCCCGGCAGUUCCCCGGGAAUUGCACCUUGGAGAGGGCCCUGCAGACCGUGGUGGAUGUUUUCCACCAGUACAGCAGCCGCCAGGGCGAGCUGGACCUGCUCAGCAUCGGCGACUUCAGGACCCUGCUGGCAGAACAGGCACCGAACUUCCUGGGGACCUGCGACAGGAACCGGGCUGGCUACUUGGACAAAUUGUUCCAAGAGACCGACCUGAACAAGGACAAGGAGCUGAGCUUUGAGGAAUUCACCAUCGUGCUGAGCAAGCUGGCAGACGACGCUCACCGCAUCAGCCACGGCUCCGAGCGCUGCGGGCCGGACCGGGACUGAGCCUGGGGACCCCAAAACGGAGCCUGGGGACCCCAAAACUGAGCCUGGGGACACCAAAACCGGGCCGGGGCAGCUUUGGGAAUGGGGCUCUGGCUGAUCCCCGCCUGCCUGGGACAGCCUGGACACAAUAAAGCAUCGCUUGGAAUCCU